UAUAUAAACGCGCGAUAAACCGUUAUUGGGAAAGAAUAUUGCAAGUCGUUAAUUAUCUCAUUGGGCUAAGCCGCAUUGUUACGAUAUAAGCAUUCUUAUGAUAUAAGAAGAGUUUGCGUCAUACGGUAAACAGUUAAAAGUGAGGUUAUGAGUUUUGAACAAGCUAUAAGUAGAACUGAAACGACUCUAAUGUUUGAGUAUUCGAGUAUAAUUAUUCGAGUAUCGUUAUUUAAACAUAGGUCACUCGUAAUAUUUUAAUUACAUCGAUUGAAUCUAUUCGGAGUUGUAAAAUGUUUUUACGUUCGCGUGUACUCGCGAUCGUAGCUAAAAGAUCGAUUUAUUCCGAGAUACUUAAAAGGCAUUGCGCGAAGUAUGUGCAGGGACAGUCGCCAGAACCUCGAAUUCGAGAAUACUUUUAUUACAUCGAUCAUCAAGGCAUGUUAUUUCUGGAUGAUGCUCGCAUGAAAAACUUUACGUCGUGCUUCAAAGAUAAAAAAUUUUUGGCAUUCUUUUUCAAGCACUUGAAGAAAAAUGUCACAGGACGAUAUAUCCACGACUUUCCGUAUGUUUCUCUUUGCGGUCUGGAGAGAAAUUUUGUCAGAUGCGAUGAUUUGCCGAUAGUGUUCACGAAAGUAAUUAGGAAAGAGAAUAGCGAAACAGGCAAAGAGGAGGAUUGGUUUGGUUAUGCCCAUGCAGAAGAAAUGCUAAUGGUGCCGUUUCAACCAGAAAGAUUGUACAUGAGUGUUCAGUCAGGAAGAGUAUAUCAUCCUGCACCAGAAAAAGCAGGAGGAAUCGGUCUAGUGAGAUCAAAAAUUGCAAUUGAAUUUAGUUCAUUAUUCAGUUUUGAGAAAGGUGAAGAACAUGGUCCGACUCAUUUUCUGUGGAAAAAUAAAAGAUACACUCUUGAUGCAGAAUGGUGCAAGAAUAAAAUAUUGCAGGUCACCAGCUAAAAAAUAAAUGAACUUCAACUUCAAUUGAAAUAAAAGAUGAAAUAUAUGUGGGAUCGGAAAUCCUCAUACCCACAGAAAAGGAAUCGUUAACAUAGGAAUAGUAACGAUACGGCGAUGGCAAGGUUAGUAGAAUGGUUUUGG